AUGGAGGAUACGCGUAUCAUACAUAUAACGGAAGAUAUUGUGGGAAGUCACAAGGUUCAAUGCAAAGCACACAUGUACAAUGACCUCCUUGACACAAGACCACAGACAUUUAGAUUCGGAUGCCAUAUGCUCUUAUGUGAAGUUGUUGGUGGAAAAAAUCCAAGAGUGCCUGUUUCUGUGUUAUUGGCAUCCAUUCGGAAUACAUUUGGUUAUAUUCCGACUUAUUACAAGGCAUGGAUGGCUAAAUGGGAAGCAAUGACCUCGUUGUAUGGUGAUUGGGAUCAUUCAUAUAAUGAACUACCACGUCUGCUACAAGCAAUGAAAUUUUUCAUCCUUGGAACCAUUGUUAGGUACUAUACUCAUCCUGCAGUCACGCUUGAGGGAGAUGUUAUCCCCGGGAAGAGAAUUUUUUGUGGCUUGUUCUGGGCGUUUAAGCCAACUAUCCAAGGGGUUAGAUUUUACAAACAAAUGAUUAAAGUCGAUUGCACUUUUUUGUAUGAGCUCUACAGACACGUCUUGAUGAUAGUCAUUGCACAAGAUGGAGACAAAAAUAUUUUCCCCAUUACCUUCGUCAUUGUUAAAAAUGAAUAG